AUGAAAACCUCGCGUCGAAGCACCCCCAAAGGCCGGUCUGGCUGCCUGACCUGCAAGUGCUUCUCCCCCUACAACAUCCCCUUCCGCGUCCCCGGCAGUCAAGCCGAUCGGGAACUGCUGCAUUUCUACUGCUGCGAAGCCGCCCAGAGUCUCUCCAGCUUAACCGACCCAACCCUGUGGACGCAGCUGGUCCUGCAGCGCUGCCACACGCAACCCAUCAUCCGCCAUGCGCUGGUGACGCUGAGUGCGCUCUAUCGCGAUCAUUGCGACCGUGGCCCACAGUCGCCGGAAACACAGCGACAACCCUCCCCGCGGAGUCUGGAGUUGAUCGCCAAGUCCCACCGUCAAGUCUGCCGCCAUCUCUCUUCUCCGCACGCCUCCUACGAGGUUGCCCUGAUCUGCGGGGUGCUGUUCUACGCCUUUGAAACAUUAAUUGGCGAGGCCGAGGCCGCCAUCCGCCAUCUCGAUCAGACCCUGCUGCUGUUCCGAAGGUAUCGCGAUGACGACGCUGCGCGCCCGGGGUGCCGCGACGGACACCCGGUCGCGGAUGAUCUCCUGCCGCAUUUGAAUUCCCUGCUGGCGAGAUUGGAUAUCCAAGCGAGCAUGUACAACGAUACCCGGCCGUUGGUGCUGCUGCUAGGGCCAUCAUCGCCCGAACUCCCAAGCGACCCCACCGCGCCUUCGCCAACCGACCUCAAUGCCAAAGAAAGAACCCUAAUAACCCUCCAAGCCCGUCUUCUCCGCCACCUCAUGCUCCACGUCUCGCAUAAGAACCACCCCCUCGACAGCCUCCCGCCGUCCAUACUCCACGAACGUCGCGCGCUGGACGCAGACUUCCAGACGUUUAUCGCCUCCCUCACUGUGCAUCCUGCACCCCCGUCCUCACCCGCAAGACCCAUCCCGCAGAUGCACACGCACAUACAGAUGCACAUGCAGGGCCCGACAAAACCCCAGCAGCAACACCAACGCCUCCUCCUGUACCGGAUUCAGGCCCAACUCUCCCACAGCAUCAUCCGCGAGAACAUGAUCACCUCUGAUGAUGAUAAUGAUGAUGAUGACGAGCAGCCAUCACCUUUCACCCUCUCCACCCAGCUGAUCGCAGGGCUCUAUUUCAUCUGUCUGAAGAGUCAUGACCCUCGCACGGUGGAUGAUGCAUUGUUGCUGUUGCAGAAGAAUCCGCGGUUGCCCAGGCGGGAGGGGCUGUGGGAUGCUGGGGUGGUGGCCAAGGUGGUCGAGGGGUUGCGGGAGAAGAAACGGGCGUAUGAACAACGCAUGGAAGGACUGCAGGAAAAGAGGGACAGAAAUCUGCUGAGAUUGGAAGAUGUAGGGGAGGAGAUUCUGGACGCCGAGGGGGUCGGGGGUGUCGCGGAGGUUUUGGAUCUGUUAAAAUUUGGUAGCAAGGAGGACCGAGAGCAGCAGCAGCAGCAGCAGCAGCAGGAGGAUGUCAUGACCUAGCUAGUGUAGCUAGCUUUUUUUCGGUUGACUUUCUUAAUACUCUUGGACCUUUUUAAAUCUGCUUCAAUUGAUUUCCUUUCUAUCUGCAAAUGAUGAUGGAAAAAGGGUGGACCUAGUUCUUUUUUCUUUUUUUCUUCUAUGCCCCUUAUAAUUUGAAUCAUUUCUAC